ACAUUAAAAAGGCUUUUUUGUACGUGCGUUUUGUCUUGGUAGGUUCAGGUUUAUUAGUUGCAGCUCAAGAUGCUACAGAAGAUGAGGAAGCUGUGGAAGAUACUGUAGUUGAAGAUGAAGAUGAUGAAGCUGAAGUUGAAGAAGAUGAACCAACAGACUUGACAGAAGAAAAAGAGGAAGAAGACUUGUCAGGAGAACCUAAAGCCUCGCCUAGUGCUGAUACAACCAUCUUAUUUGUGAAAGGUGAAGACUUUCCGGCGAACAACAUUGUGAAAUUUCUGGUAGGCUUCACCAAUAAGGGCACAGAUGAUUUCAUUGUGGAGUCUCUCGAUGCUUCAUUCCGGUAUCCUCAAGACUACCAGUUCUAUAUCCAGAACUUCACAGCUCUCUCUCUGAACACAGUAGUUCCACCACAGAGACAAGCCACGUUUGAGUACUCUUUCAUCCCAGCUGAGCCCAUGGGUGGUCGUCCUUUUGGUUUAGUUAUCAAUCUCAACUACAGAGAUGCAAAUGGCAAUGUGUUUCAAGAUGCUGUCUUCAAUCAAACUGUGACAAUUAUUGAAAAAGAAGAUGGGCUGGAUGGAGAAACGAUCUUCAUGUAUAUGUUCCUUGCUGGACUUGGUCUACUUGUCAUUGUUGGCCUACAUCAGUUACUAGAAUCUAGGAAGAGGAAAAGACCAGUACAGAAAGUAGAGAUGGGAACAUCAAAUCAGAAUGAUGUUGAUAUGAGCUGGAUUCCCCAAGAAACUUUAAAUCAAAUAAUGCAGAGUAGAAGAGAUAAAGCUUCACCAAGGAGGUUGCCCUACAAGAGGGCACAGAAGAGACCAGUGGGCUCUGAUGAGUAAUGUUAACUAGUACAACAUUUGAACCUUUACUAAUCCUGCCUGUUUGGGUUUUUUGGAUUGGAGUAGUGCAGAGAAUCCAUAUCACCAUAAGGAAAAUACUGCUAAGCAUUUGGACUGAACAGAUUAACUGAAUGGUGUUAAUAUUACUGAAAAUGCACUUCUCUUUUUUUUUUUUCAAUUGUUGGGGGUGGGGGGAGGUAGCCAUUAAGAUUUGUGCCUGCGUGUGUAAGCAGUUGGUCUUAACAGAAACAUGUUACCUGAAAUGUGCCUUUAGAGUUCUCUGUAAUGCUGGCUUGUCACUUGUAUGUUGUCUCUGAAGGAUUUUUCUCCUUUCCCUAAUCUGAAUGUCUAGUGACUUAAUCUGUCUUGAUUGUACCAUAUUUGUAUCAGAAUCUGUAUUGCAUUUCUCUUCUUCAUUAAGUAAUGUUAUUCUUUCCAGCCUGCACACACCAAGGGUUGUGUGUGUGGUCCUGGUUCAGUGUCAGUGGCACUGAUCAUCUACAUAGACUUCUGCAUAGUUUGCAUUCUAAAGGCACAAUUGGGUAUAGCUGCUUGUAGUGGUAGAUAUUUUGCUGCUGUUUUGAUCUGGGCAUGCAGUGACCUAAAAAUCUGAACUUGACCUGCAUAAAUGUUAGGAGGACUCUUACACAGCAGCAGAAUUUGUGAAGCAUGGAAUUUGUGUGCUGAAUUGGUAUUACUACAUAAAUUUUUUUAUACC